UUUAUUAUUCAAUUGCCAAGUAUUUUAUAGAAACACUUAUUAUUUUCAAAUAAAUGUGUCCUGAAAAUUGCUGACCUUAAUAUAUUCUUUUCUAAUAAAAAUGGGUUUGUGUUGUGAUUGCUUUCGUUCCAAUGGUUAUCAGCAAAUUGGACAGGAGAGACAAGGGCCUCGCUUUGGUGUACGACAUUUGCAAUGCUUUCUGGUAUUUACUGGCUUAGCUGUAGCAUAUGCUCUACGUGUCAACCUUUCCGUGGCUAUUGUGGCAAUGACUGAUAGAAAUCCCACCAAUCCUGAUUUUCAGGAAUUCGACUGGGAUGAGAGCAUUAAGUCUUACCUUUUAAGCAGUUUUUUCUGGGGUUAUGUUAUCACUCAAGUACCUGGUGGUUAUUUAUCGUAUAAAUAUGGGGCUAAGUAUACGUUUCUUUUCGGAGUACUAAUCUGUUCCUGUUUGGCAGUGCUAACACCAUUUUGUGCCGAAAUUGGAGAUUGGCCAUUAUUAUUGGUAUUACGCGCAACACAAGGGAUUUGUCAGGGUAUGAUAUUUCCUUCGACACACACAUUUUUAUCAAAGUGGUCACCUAUAGAGGAACGCGGACGUUUAGUUACUUGCUGCUACUCAGGAUCACAAUUCGGAACUGUAAUUAUGUUAUUUGUAAGUGGUUUUAUGGCUUCAUCUUGGAUGGGGUGGCCUAGCAUUUUUUAUGCAUCUGGUGUAGCUGGCAUAUUGUGGUCGAUUGUUUGGUACAUGCUCAGCGCAAGUACUCCAGCUGAACAUCCUUUCAUAACAAAUAAUGAACGUAGAUUUAUAGAUAACUCUAUGUCAGAAAGCCGUAUUGUUCAUACAGAACAAACAAGAAUGCUACAUAGCCCACCAUGGUUAAAAAUAUUGACUUCUAGACCCUUUUUGACUUUAUUAUUAGUACAUUGCUCUAAUAAUUGGGGCUUUUGGACAUUAAUGACGGAAAUACCAACAUUCAUGAAAAAUAUACUUGGCGUUAACAUUCGUAGCAAUGGACCAUUGUCAGCUUUACCGUAUUUAGUCAUGUGUAUACUAUCAUUUUGCUUCACAAUUUUAGCUGACUUUAUUAAUGGUUUAAAUGGAAUUACACUAUCCUUUUCCCGAAAAUUUUUUAAUACACUCGGUCAAUGGGUACCUAUGUGCGCAUUAAUUACACUUGGCUAUAUAACAACUAGCAAUACUAAUGUAAGUACCAUAGCAGUCACGCUGUUAACAGUUGCCGUAGGUGUAAAUUCUGCUACCUACUUAGGAAUUCAAGUAAAUCAUAUAGAUCUAUCUCCGAAUUAUGCUGGAGCUCUUAUGGGUAUUACGAAUUGCGUCGCGAACAUAAUAGCUAUAAUAGCACCACUUGCUGUUGGUGUCAUUGUAACCGAUGAGACAAAUCCUAUGCAGUGGCGAGUGGUUUUCUAUGUAUCUGCGUCUUUCUAUUUUGUGGGCAGUUUACUAUUUAUUGUAUUUGGACGUACAAAUAUUCAACCAUGGAACUAUCCGUCAAAUAAUAGUGGUAAUUCUUCUAUUGUAGUAUCUAAGCUAGAUGAUGAAUCGAAUGAUGAAACCUCACCUUUGAAUAAUGGAAACUGAAUAUUAUUCAAACAAUUUAUCGAAUCCCAAUCUGGAAUAUAUGUAGAGAUAUUAGUCUGAUGAAACUUACUAAUAAUUAAUUGUUGUAUAAGUUGUUAGUGGAGUAAAAUCUUGUGUAAUGAAUCUAUAGAACAUAAGU